AUGGGUUCUCAGUGGCAGCCGUACCAGGACCCCUUGAUGGGACGUCCUGCGCAGUUCAACAAUGGAUUGACGUCUACUCCCCAACAAUUAGGCCCCAAGUAUGGUGGUCAACUGCAACAGUCUCAGCCGCCCGUGGGAUAUACCUACGAAGCCUUCCAAACGCCUGGAACAGCAGCGAAACCCCCCUCGGCCGGCGCAAACUCCAAGUCGGUAUCUAUGGCGUCGUCGCCAGCCGCAACGCCACGUAGCCGCGAUUAUGUCACCGAUGCCGAUACCACCAUGGAGGAUGCGGACCCGUACAACAGGGCGAAGUACUCUGCGCGACCGAAUCAACAGAGUCGACCAUCGUCUCAAUUCUUCUCUCCUGAGGAGUCCUCGGCUGCCCGAAGGUACUCCCCGAUGAAUGUUCUGUCGCCGUCCUUGUCUUACAAUACUAGUCCUGGAAAGUCUCAGAACGCAUAUGCUUUUCCACCUGGGCCAAACAACUCUCGCCGGUCACCGACCAGAGCUCUGAACUACUCCUCACCCCCUCAGCCGUUCCAGUCGCCCCCUUCUGUGUCGCGUCCUCCUCGGCUUCCUCCGCUGCAGCCUACCGAGAUGGGCUCCGACCAAUUCUACCCGCCUUCAGCAGGAUCUCAAGUCAACGCUCACUUUGGACAAGAUGGGAGAUCGCCCCGGUCGGGACCCAUGUCUGGUGCAAGCAAGCAAGCCGGUCGAGGGCCAGUGCCGAAGUUUCAGAAGAUCAAGUCGGUUCAGGAGCUUCAACCCCGCAUUAAUGCGCAGCCUCCCUACAGACGUGCCAAUCCAGAGGGGGGUUUCAUUAGUCCCCUUCAAGCGUUAACCUCCCAUCUUCCGGCCACAUACCGUAUCUGCAAUCCAAGCUUCAAUUACGAGUCUUCGCGAAAUCCCAGACGUGUCCUUACAAAACCAAGCAAGGGAGUCAAAAACGACGGCUAUGACAAUGAGGACAGCGAUUAUAUUCUCUACGUGAACGACAUUCUUGGAAGCGAAGAAGCUGGUCACAAGAAUCGUUACCUCAUCCUCGACGUGUUGGGCCAGGGGACAUUUGGGCAAGUCGUCAAGUGCCAGAAUCUGAAAACCCAAGAGGUUGUUGCCGUGAAGGUCAUUAAGAAUAAGACUGCAUACUUCAAUCAGAGUAUGAUGGAAGUCUCGGUCUUGGACUUGCUUAAUAGCAAAUAUGACAAGAACGACGACCACCAUUUGCUUCGUUUGAAGGAUACCUUCAUUCAUCGACAGCAUCUCUGUCUGGUCUUUGAGCUGCUCAGUGUCAAUCUUUAUGAAUUGAUCAAGCAAAACCAGUUCCGUGGUUUGAGCACGACUCUGGUCCGUGUUUUUGCUCAGCAACUUCUCAACGCGUUGAGUCUCCUAAACAAGGCACAUCUGAUCCAUUGUGAUCUCAAGCCCGAGAACAUAUUACUGAAGAAUCUUGAGAGUCCAAUUAUCAAGGUCAUCGAUUUCGGCUCUGCUUGCGAUGAGCGACAAACUGUUUAUACGUAUAUCCAGUCGAGAUUCUACCGUUCCCCAGAGGUGUUGCUUGGCUUGCCUUACUCGUCUGCAAUCGACAUGUGGUCUCUUGGUUGCAUCGUCGUCGAGCUCUUCCUUGGUCUGCCCCUUUUCCCUGGCUCCUCUGAAUACAACCAGGUCUGUCGAAUUGUGGAAAUGCUCGGUCUACCCCCGACGUGGAUGCUUGAAAUGGGCAAGCAGUCGGGUGAAUUCUUUGAGAAGACCCAAGACGAGUUCGGUCGCAAGACAUACCGACUGAAAAGCCUGGAACAAUACUCCCGGGAACAUAACACGAAAGAGCAGCCGAGCAAAAAGUACUUCCAGGCAUCCACGCUUGAAGAAAUCAUCCGAAGCUAUCCAAUGCCUAGGAAAAAUAUGAAGCAAGCCGAGAUCGAGCGAGAACUGAACAAUCGAGUUGCUUUCAUCGACUUUGUUCGCGGACUGCUAUCAAUCAAUCCCCUUGAGCGAUGGUCGCCUCAGCAAGCCAAGCUUCACCCUUUCAUUACGCAGCAGAAGUUUACAGGGCCCUUCGUGCCGCCGAUGAAUCUAAAAUAUUCGUCACUCAACAAAACCAUUCCACCCGGAAUACAGCAGCAACAGCAGGCUGAGGCUGCCAGCAAACAGCGAGCGGCUCAGGCGGCACAUGCACAAUCGGCGGCCCAGAAUGCAUACUCGAUGCAGAUGAAUCAGUUCCAUACACCAUCUCAUGGCCAGCCCCCGCCCAUGUACAACGGCAUGUUUACAGGCCAUCAGCAAGGCGCMCCUCCUCCAUAUCCUGCCCAGCCGCCGGGCUACGGCCAUCAAAUGAACCUUAUGGCAGGCCAGAUGCCUCAAUCGCAAUAUGCACCGUCUCAGAGCCUCUACGCUCAAGCAACCACUAGAGCUGGUCGCCAACGCGCAUCCACCAUGGAUCAUCAGGGAGGAGGAAUUCCGCCAACUAUUCAACGCGUUGCCAGUCACCUCGACCCCAAUGCCCCCAUUCGACUUCAGCCAAGCCCGGCAUACUACCCUCCACCCCCUGACGGAUAUGUCGACAACAAUGCUCAGCGACGCCGGGGAAGCCGUGCAGGAGCCGGCCAACGUAACCGAGACUUCAUUCGGACUCUCGAGGACGGUGUCCUUGGCGGCGACAGCUAUAUGAACCAGAGCCAGUGGCACUGA